GAUCUUUCCCCUUCAGGUCUCCGGGGUCGGCGCGCCCCCUCAGCCCCGCCGCCCGCUUUCGGCCUGUCAGCUGGCCGUAGACAGGCGCCCGCGCGGCCGCUCUCAGAGUCCCGGCCCCGCCUGCGACGCUCGCAGCUCCUGGCGUUUACAGGUCCCUAGGCCAGGGCAAUGUUCCGCACCGCCGUGAUGAUGGCGGCCAGCCUGGCGCUGACCGGGGCCGUGGUGGCUCAUGCCUACUACCUCAAGCACCAGUUCUACCCCACCGUGGUGUACUUGACCAAGUCUAGCCCCAGCAUGGCAGUCCUGUACAUCCAGGCCUUCGUCCUUGUCUUCCUCUUGGGCAAGGUGAUGGGCAAGGUGUUCUUCGGACAGCUGAGGGCAGCAGAGAUGGAGCAUCUUCUGGAACGUUCCUGGUAUGCUGUCACUGAGACUUGUCUGGCCUUCACUGUUUUUCGGGAUGACUUCAGCCCCCGCUUUGUUGCGCUCUUCACUCUCCUUCUUUUCCUCAAGUGUUUUCACUGGCUGGCUGAGGACCGUGUGGACUUUAUGGAACGCAGCCCCAAUAUCUCCUGGCUCUUUCACUGCCGCAUUGUCUCCCUAAUGUUCCUCCUGGGUAUCCUGGACUUCCUCUUCGUCAGCCAUGCCUAUCACAGCAUCCUGACCCGUGGGGCCUCUGUGCAGCUGGUGUUUGGCUUUGAGUAUGCCAUCCUGAUGACUAUGGUGCUCACCAUCUUCAUCAAGUACGUGCUGCACUCUGUGGACCUCCAGAGCGAGAAUCCCUGGGACAAUAAGGCCGUGUACAUGCUCUACACGGAACUGUUUACAGGCUUUAUCAAGGUUCUGCUGUACAUGGCUUUCAUGACCAUCAUGAUCAAGGUGCACACUUUCCCUCUCUUUGCCAUCCGGCCUAUGUACCUGGCCAUGAGGCAGUUCAAGAAAGCUGUGACAGAUGCCAUCAUGUCUCGCCGAGCUAUCCGCAACAUGAACACACUGUAUCCAGACGCCACCCCAGAGGAACUCCAGGCGAUGGACAACGUCUGCAUCAUCUGCCGAGAAGAGAUGGUGACUGGUGCCAAGAGACUGCCCUGCAACCACAUUUUCCACACCAGCUGCCUGCGCUCCUGGUUCCAGAGGCAGCAGACCUGCCCCACCUGCCGUAUGGAUGUCCUUCGGGCGUCGCUGCCGACCCAGUCACCACCGCCCCCUGAGCCCGCGGAUCAGGGGCCACCACCUGCCCCCCACCCCCCGCCACUCCUGCCCCAGCCCCCCAACUUCGCCCAGGGCCUCCUGCCUCCCUUCCCUCCAGGCAUGUUCCCGCUGUGGCCCCCCAUGGGCCCCUUUCCUCCUGUCCCACCUCCCCCCAGCUCUGGAGACGCUGUGGCCCCUCCGUCCACCAGUGCAGCCCUUUCUCGGCCCAGUGCAGCAGCCACAACCACAGCUGGUUCUGCUGCCUCUGCCCCAGCACCUGGCUCGACCUCCACCCCUGACGCCGGCCCCGCCCCAGGCUUCCCCUUCCCUCCCCCCUGGAUGGGCAUGCCGCUGCCUCCACCCUUUGCCUUCCCCCCGAUGCCUGUGCCUCCUGCCGGCUUUGCUGGGCUGACCCCAGAGGAGCUGCGGGCUCUGGAAGGCCACGAGCGGCAGCACCUGGAGGCCCGGCUACAGAGCCUGCGCAACAUCCACACGCUGCUGGAUGCCGCCAUGCUGCAGAUCAACCAGUACCUCACCGUGCUCGCCUCCCUCGGGCCCCCCCGGCCUGCCACCUCAGCCAACCCCACUGAGGAGACCGCCCCUACAGCUGUCGCUGCUGCCUUCUCCACCAGCACCCCCAGCUCUGAGGCCACCACCCCAUCCCUGGGAGCCUCCCCACCAGCCCCUGAACCUGAAAAGCCUUCAGCUCCCGAGUCAGCGGGCACCGAGGAGCUGCCUGAGGAUGGGGAGCCUGACGCAGCAGAGCUCCGCCGCCGUCGCCUGCAAAAGUUGGAGUCCCCUGUUGCCCACUGACACUGCCCCAGUCCUGGCCCCUGCCCCCACUCUUGAGCAGUCCUCGCUGGAACACGUCCUGCCACCAAGUGCCAGCUCCCUCUCUAUCUGCACCAGGGAGUAGUAACCCCCAGCUCUGAGACAGAGGAGGUGGCAUCUGACCAAGUGGAAAGAGGCCUGAGGCCCCAGUUGACUCCAGCCCUUUCAGUCCCGGGCAGCCAUGGGGAUCUUGGGUCAGUUCCAGCCUUCCUCUCCAACCCUUCAGCCCUGUGUUCUGCUGGGGCCACGAAGGCAGAAAGGGGCAGUGUCUGAGAAGCCCUCUGACCCUCCCCCCGCAGCCCCUUUCUGGGGGAAGGGGAGCCCCUCCGAGCCCCCCUUGUGUGUGGAGUCACGCUGCAGUGCCGAACAGUAUUAGCUCCCGUUCCCAAGUGUGGACUCAAGGGGCUGGAGGUAGGCCAGGAACUUGCUCCCGGGCCCACCCCCCAGGACUGGUACUGAUGUCCUUUUCUUACCCGAACUCCCCAGGAGCCCUUUGUGGUGGUGGCUGUGCCCCUUGUGCCCUGUGGCAUUUCCACGUCUUACUGGCAACCACACAACUCAGGGGAAGGAGUGUCUGGGGUGGAGGAGCAGGCCGGCAGCACUGAAGGGCCCUGCUCUGCCCCUCCCCCCAGGCCCUUUUCUCCCUGCAGUUUGUCUAAGGUGAGACUGUCCCUGGUCUGUGCAGCUUCACUCUAGGCUGAGGGCUCUGGUGUCUGCUUCUGAACCACUGCAAGCCCCAGAACCUACAGAAGGCAACUUCUUAACUUACAGAAUUUUUCUUGAGUUUAGAAGAAUUGGAAUUACUUCCUUGCUAUUGUCUUUUGGCUUAAAUUUUGUCUUUGGAUUUGAAUGCUUGACCCCGGGAAAGGGGAGCAGGAGUGCCAAGCUCCCUGUCUUUCCAGUUUAGAAAAGGCUCUGGGCCAGGUGGGGACGACAGGAGCCAAGGCGUUGCCUGCCCCUGUCUUUUGUCCCUCGGUGUUGUGUUACAGGAGUUGCUGGAGACAGUUUCAGAUGAUUAUUUAAUUUGUAAAUAUUGUACAAAUUUUAAUAGCUUAAAUUGUAUAUACAGCCAAAUAAAAACUUGCAUUAAUGACUGGUGGAACUGGUGCAAUAGGAUCAGUGUGCCAUGCUCCUUUUUCUUAACUCAGGCCGUAGACGCGAGAGUGGCCGGGAAUCUCCAGGAGUGAGGCUUUACGUACACAAGCCAGCACUGUUCUUGGGCACAGUGUUGAAUGGUAAGGUAUUAGGAAGAUAGACCCAUUUUACAUAUGAAGAAACUGAACCCCAGAAAGGUUAAGUACCCUGCCUUAGGUCAGAGCAAGUAGGGGAGCCAGGCUCUGAACCCUGUCUUAAGCCAGCUUGCUGCUGAGGUGGGGUGGGAACUCGGCCCUUUGGCCCUUGUGGCUCCCAAGGAUGGGGCAAGUGUGAAGGUCCCUUGGCUGGGGUGGGAUGGGAUGGCAGGGACAAAAGGUCAGCAUCUUCCUGCCUGCAACCCCCCUGUCCAGCCUUGAUACUAGGUCAGCAACCCGGGAAGGAUGGCCCUGUGCUGGGCUGCUAGGAGCUCUCAAGGAGCCCCUUGUGGGCAGACCAUCUAAAGCUAAUCACUUAAUUUGCUGGAACUGGAAACCCAGUCAGACCCAAUUCUUAAUAUGGAAUGGAACAGAGGUAACUGGCCAUUUUGCCUCUCCACGGGUAAAAGGAAUGAGCCGAGGGGCUGGCGUGCACUACACUUGGAACUGAAGACCUCCAGGACCCACGUCUGAGUCGUGUUGUGUUCUCUGUAGCCUCUACCAAGUCAGGUCUGACCUAGAGCAAGGGCUCAGGGAUUUUUUUGCCGCAGUGAGGGUCUGCGGGCCAAGGAAGGACCAAUGCCCAGUGGGUCUGCCCUGUGCUCCCCUCCUGUAAACUGGGCUGGGCUGCUGCUUCCAACAGAGGGGCAGUCAACAACCUCUACAGCUUGAAUAGCUGAGUCCAAGGAGCUCCAAUGAAGGGAAAGCAGGAACAUGCCAAAGUGGGGGGGCAGAGGAAUUAAUGCUCCCCCCUAGCUUGGCUGUUCCUGGUGGGUCUCCAAUAUUAAGACUAGACAGCCCUCCCCCAGUGCUGGCACCUAUACAGAGUCCCAUUUCCUCCUUUAUGCAAACAAGGCCUGCUGCAAGGCCCUCAGCCCUGGUGUCUGUGCCCCUUUCCCCUAGCUGCCUCA